GAUAGUCCCGACUUGUGGAGAGCCAGAGUUCCAUUGAUCUGUUGGGAGAUCGUAGAGAUGCAUGUACCGGACCGUGUGCUACGGCAGUUUACACUCUCUCAGCAUAUUCCAGAUCCUGUCGAGCAGAUCAAUCGUCGGCGGCGCCCUACAUCGCACCGGACUGACUGGGCCGUAGUCCGUGCGGCCUACAUAGACAGGUGGGUUCAGAGGUGGGAUUGCAUACAGGAUACGAGGCCCACAGCUGUUGACUAUACCACGUAUAUACGUUGGUAUUGGGGUAUCACACGUAGAUGGAUCACGCGUGACCCACAGCCUUUAGCUGGACAUAUGCCACGCCCACCGACAGAUAGUUACAUCCCUAGUGGGAUGAACGAGAGAGAUUACGUCCGUGUUUUAGAUAGCAUUGAUGCUGAUAUUGAUGCGCACGUGACUGAGAUUCAGGAUCAGGUGGCGUUAGGUCUCCUCAGCAGGAUCAAGAAGAGCAUAGCGCAGGUGUUCCAUAAGACUCACGUCGACGAGUUCGCAGGCCGUGAGGACAGGUCUCGCUCAUUUGGACGGGCGUACGCUCGACGUCGACGGCCGCGUGAUGAUGACGCCGGCACUUCGCAUGCCGAUGGAGCCGGCACUUCGCAUGUGACACUUAGACAAAUAUAG